UAGUUAAUGCAGAAGAUAAAGAGGGUUCGUCUGGAAAACGAGACUGCAGGAAGUUGGAGAAGUUUUUUGUCCAGCCCUGAAGGGGAAGAGAGGAUGACCGCAGUGGACGCGCUGUCAGACAGCUCUGAAGUGGUGGAGAUGGAGGAUGUGCCUUCCCAAUUCCAGGUGCAAAAGCAUUCUUGGGAUGGGCUGCGUGACAUUAUUCACAGCAGCAGGAAGUAUUCGGGCAUGAUAGUGAACAAAGCUCCCCAUGAUUUCCAGUUCGUCCGGAAAACAGAAGAGUCCAGCCCGCACUCCCACCGCCUCUACUACCUGGGAAUGCCCUAUGGGAGCAGAGAGAAUUCCCUUCUUUACUCAGAGAUUCCCAAAAAGGUACGGAAGGAGGCCCUGCUGCUCUUGUCAUGGAAACAGAUGCUGGAUCACUUUCAGGCGACUCCUCACCAUGGGAUGUAUUCCAGAGAAGAGGAGCUGCUGAGGGAACGCAAGAGGCUUGGUGUCUUUGGGAUCACAUCUUAUGACUUCCACAGUGAGAGUGGCCUCUUCCUCUUCCAGGCCAGCAACAGCCUCUUUCAUUGUCGAGAUGGGGGCAAGAAUGGAUUCAUGGUGUCUCCAAUGAAGCCUCUGGAGAUCAAAACUCAGUGCACAGGGCCAAGGAUGGAUCCCAAGAUCUGCCCAGCUGACCCUGCCUUCUUCUCAUUCAUCAAUAACAACGACCUCUGGGUAGCCAACAUUGAGACAGGGGAGGAGAAGCGAAUGACUUACUGCCAUAAAGGCUUGUCCAAUGUCCUUGAUGACCCCAAGUCUGCUGGUGUAGCCACUUUUGUCAUUCAGGAGGAGUUUGAUCGCUUCACAGGCUACUGGUGGUGUCCCACGGCUUCCACGGAAGGUGCAGAGGAUUUGAAAACACUGAGGAUCUUGUAUGAGGAAGUGGAUGAGUCAGAGGUGGAGAUAAUUCAUGUUCCUUCACCUGCCUUGGAGGAGAGAAAAACAGACUCCUAUCGAUACCCCAGGACAGGCAGCAAAAACCCCAAGAUUACAUUAAAACUGGCAGAAUUUAAGACAGACAGCAAGGGUAAGAUCCUGUGUGCCCAGGACAAGGAGCUGGUGCAACCUUUUGCUGCCUUGUUUCCAACCGUGGAGUACAUUGCCCGUGCCGGAUGGACCCGAGAUGGCAAAUAUGCCUGGGCUAUGUUCCUAGACAGACCUCAGCAGCGACUGCAGCUGAUCCUUUUGCCUCCAGCACUCUUCAUCCCAGUCCCAGAGAACGAGGAGCAGCGUGCUGAACUUGCCAAAAGUGUGCCAGAAAACGUCCAGCCAUUUGUCAUCUAUGAAGAAACCACUGAUGUGUGGAUAAAUGUUCAUGACAUCUUCUAUCCUUUCAUCCAACCUGAGGGAGAGGAGGAAGAGCUCUGCUUUAUCCGAGCCAACGAAUGCAAAACAGGCUUCUGUCACCUCUACAGAGUCACAGCAGUCCUCAAGCCAGGCAGCCAUGACUGGGUGCAGCCAUAUGUCCACAGUGAGGAUGACUUCAAGUGCCCUAUUAAAGAGGAGAUUGCCUUGACUGGUGGGGAAUGGGAGGUGCUGGCCAGGCAUGGAUCGAAGAUCUGGGUCAAUGAGGCCACCAAGCUGGUGUAUUUCCAAGGCACAAAGGACACCCCCCUGGAGCACCACCUCUACGUAGUCAGCUACGAGGCUCCCGGCGAAAUCGUGCGGCUCACCACCCCAGGCUUCUCCCACAGCUGCUCCAUGAGCCAGAACUUUGACAUGUUCAUCAGCCACUACAGCAGUGUCAGCACUCCACCUUGUGUGCACGUCUACAAGCUCAGUGGCUCUGAUGAUGACCCUCUCCACAAGCAGCCCAAGUUUUGGGCCAGCAUGAUGGAGGCAGCCAGUUGUCCCCCGGAUUACGUCCCACCUGAGAUCUUUCACUUCCACACUCAGUCAGACGUGGAGCUCUAUGGCAUGGUCUACAAACCUCAUGAUGUCCAGCCUGGGAAGAAGCAUCCCACGGUGCUCUUUGUGUAUGGAGGCCCUCAGGUGCAGCUGGUGAACAACUCCUUCAAGGGAAUCAAGUACUUGAGGCUGAACACGUUGGCCUCCCUGGGCUAUGCUGUGGUGGUGAUUGAUGGAAGGGGAUCCUGCCAGAGAGGCCUCAAGUUCGAAGGGGCCCUGAAGAACCAGAUGGGUCAGGUGGAGAUAGAGGACCAGGUGGAAGGUUUACAUUAUGUAGCAGAAAAAUACGGGUUCAUCGACUUGAGUCGGGUAGCCAUCCAUGGCUGGUCCUAUGGGGGGUUCCUCUCCCUCAUGGGCCUCAUCUGUAAGCCCAAUGUCUUCAAGAUUGCUAUAGCAGGAGCUCCAGUGACAGUGUGGAUGGCCUACGACACCGGCUACACCGAGCGGUACAUGGACGUCCCAGAGAACAACCAGCAGGGCUAUGAGGCUGGCUCCGUGGCACUGCACGUGGAGAAGCUCCCCAACGAGCCAAACCGUUUGCUGAUCCUCCAUGGCUUUUUGGAUGAAAAUGUGCACUUUUUUCACACCAACUUCCUGGUAUCACAGCUAAUCCGGGCUGGAAAACCUUACCAGCUGCAGAUCUACCCCAACGAGAGACACAGUAUUCGGUGCCCCGAGUCGGGGGAGCACUACGAGAUCACACUGCUGCACUUUCUACAAGAAUACCUCUGA